AUGGCUGCCCCGACUGUCGUGAAGGAUGUGCUAAACCCAGCGCUCUACAACAACGACGACAUCGAGGUACAAUUUUACCAGCAGCGCAAGGAAUGGCCAUGGACGAGGGGGGGAGUGCAUGCAUUGGCUUGGGUCUUGUUCGCCGGCGGGCUGGUCCUGAUAUUUGGGCUACUCAACCUUCGCGAUAUUCUGUUGGAUAGGCGACGAUUGGGAUACACUUUAGCGAAUAAUAACAAGCACAGGGUACUAUCCAGUCAGCGGUCACUGUUCGACCGAAUGUCGCUGCACUUCCGCGCCUUUUGUUACCUCCGCAGUUCGUUAACUGGCCUCGCAACAACAUCACUGGGUCUGGGUAUCCUCAUCUUGGCCGGGUUCCUGUACCCCCUUCUGUAUGUAUUCUCUCAGCAUCCCUAUUACGAGCGGGAGCCGAGAUUCGGGCCUCCUCCGCUCGCAGGCAGAAGCGGGAUGAUGGCCCUUGCCAUGACGCCGUUCAUCAUCCUUCUUGGGAUGAAGGCAAAUUUGAUCAGUAUGGUGACGGGCAUGGGACAUGAGAAGCUGAAUGUUUUGCAUCGGUGGUUGGGAUUCGUCUGCGGUUUCUUCAGUCUGGUCCACUCGGUGCCGUACAUUAUUGAGCCGUUGAAGAAUGGUGGGUGGGGCAAACUAACUGAGCUUUUCAACGGCAAUGUAACCUACUGGAACGGGGUUGGGGCACUUGUAUGCAUGUUUUGGUUGACUUUUGGUUCUUUGAACUUUAUAAGGCAUGCUUCCUUCCCCCGGUAACGCUUACCGUACUCGAUACUAAUUGGAUGUAGGGCGUGGUGUUAUGAGGCUUUCGUUCAUUUGCAUAUUAUUUUGGGAGUGGGAUACGUGGGGUUAAUGUUCUGGCAUUGCGCCAACGUGCUGACUUCGGUACGCAUCACCCCCAUCGCUAGGGCUCCAAAGCGCGCUAACACGUCGUUUCAGUGGCAUUAUCUCUACGCUACGUGUGUCGUCUGGGUCUUGCAUCUAUUAUACAGGUUCAUCUGGAGGACCAACUGGUUUGGUCCUCGCUUAUUCUCCGGCGACCAAGCGCACUUCACACCCCUCACGGAUGACGGUGUGAAGAUAACCGUGCCAACCCGCAUGCGAUGGCAGGCUGGGCAACAUAUCUUUAUCCGAAUCCCCAGCAUCUCGCUGCUUGAUAAUCAUCCAUUUACCGUGGCUUCCAUCAUGUCUAAUGAUGCUAAGGAUUGCGGAUAUAACGAUCUGGUCUUGGUGUUCAAGCCACAUAAGGGCUUCACGCGACGUGUAUUUGACAUCUCCAGGACUCGCCCCGACGUCUCCUAUCGGGCGUAUCUGGAUGGACCCUACGGUGGAUUGUCACGUAAGCUGGAAGCGUUCGAAACGGUGCUCAUGGUAGCCGGUGGCUCGGGGAUCACCCCAAUCGUGGCCCAUCUUCAACACUUAGCAUCCAAGAUCCAUAAGGGCGAGGCCUUAACAAGGGAUAUCAGAAUAAUUUGGACGGUCAAGCGCUUUCGUAUGUGCCACACUUUACAAAGCUUCGGAUGGAACAUCUUGCUGAUACAAUCUAGAAUCCCUCGAAUGGUUCAAAGAUGAAAUCUCCGCCGCUGCCAGAGGCCUUCCAAGAAACAUGUUACUUUGUCAGUACUACGUAACCGAGGAAACUGCCAUCGAACUUCCCAAGGGUCCCGUCUCCGCAACCCGAGAAUGGCCACAGAGUCCCAUAACCCCGACCUUCCGCCAACCACCACAGGCAUUCCUUCGCCCACCCGGAACUUCCGAGGCGGAGAAGGAGUUCCAACUCCAGAUCGUAGAGAAGGAUGUUGGUUCUUCCUCUGACGACGAAUUACAUGAGUUCCCCUUCCCCGCUGCUCGGUCGGUUACUCCCAUUCCGCCUAUGGGAGAUGAGGUGCUGUUGGAGUUUGGAAGGCCACCGUUGAGGGAUGGGUUACCACCUUGGUCGGAGACGUUUGGAAGGAGGACUUGCAUUUAUGGUAUGCCCCUUGACCCCUCCGCACUUGAAGAAUCAUAAUUAACGAAGGCAGUGUGUGGUCCGCAAUCCAUGAAGGUUGAUGUUGCAAAUGCGGUUGCAGACAUGCAAUCUGAUAUCUGGGCUUGUGAAGAGCGGGAAGAGAUUUACUUGCAUUCCGAGACCUUCGGGUGGUAGACCUGUUCGCAGCCCGCUGGUGUUCGCUGCUCAGCUGGGCUGAAAUCACUCGCUUCUUUCACCUCAAUCUCAAUUAUCCCCCAGUGAAGAAACCUUCACGCACACAACCAGACACACACGCACCAGUCUUUCCUUAUCUUUUAUUUUUAUUGAAUUUUUCUUCCGCUCGCUUCAACUUGGCUUGACCUUCCCUACCUACCUACCUCUCCGUGGGCCAGGACCGACGGAGUCAAGCAAGUUUUUUUUUUCGCAAUUUUCUGGAUUAUGGAUACACGAUCCUUACUUUAGUAGCUUUAAUUAACGGAUGGACGUUACUUCUUGUGCCACAAAAAAGUAGCCUUCCCUCUCGCAUCUUGUCUAGAUGUACUUUUUCUUUUAUUGUUUCCUUAUUGUUUCAUAUGGGUACUGGAACAUGGCAUUGUGAAUCGGUGUGAGGUAUGGUUCUUUGGGAGUUUUCUUUCUUUUUAAUCCGAUCGUGGGUUGGUGCGAGUGUAUAUAUGGAACCUGGUGCCCUGUGAAUAUAGUAACUAUGAUAUAGAUGCUUUUUACUACUCUCAAAUAAAGUUUUUAUCUUCU